CUCCUGCAAUGUUGAUAACAGCAAGAGAAAUGCGCGAAUAUACCGAUAAAGACCGGGAGAGAGUGGCUCAGCCAAUGUCACCUACCGAGUAGGCAACCAGAGAGUUGGUGUGUGCGAGUGCUGCUCACCCCUUCGACCCCUCCUCCCUCGGCACAGACAAGAAGUCUCUAUCUGCAGCAAAGUACACGAGUGAUCGGCCGUCAAAGCGGUCGAAGCGAUCCGAACGCCCUACCGAAUUUCUUCGGCACGCACAUUCCAUUUAGGCAUUCCAUUUUUGCAGUUAUGGACCCUUUCGGCGAAAUCGGCGAGGACAACAAGGGCAAGCCGCUGGGAGACCUGCCACCGUCGCAGCCGCUGCUGGGCCCCUCCCAGCAGCCGCCGGCCCAGACCAACCUUGACGACCUGCUGGGCCCGGCGCCCCUCGGCCAGCACAGCGACCUGCUGGGCGAGUUCCUCUCGGCCACGGCGCCCUCCGAGGCCAUCCACCGCGCCACCACAGAACCCAUUCUGACGCUCGACGAGGAAUCGGACGAGCCGCCGCAGCCGGAGCGCAUCCAGUUCGAGUCCGGCAUCGACCUGUCCGACAUCAUGAGCAAGAAGACUGAGAUGGAGGAGCAGCACAUUCCCAAGGCCAAAGAGCAGCUCGAGGACGUUUACACGGCGGCCUCCAGCAGGGUGUUCAUUGAGGAGCCCCCGCAGGAGGAGCCCAUGGACUUCAGGCCGCUGCCUCCCGAGCCGGAGGACGCUGGCUCCGCCGAGGAAGAGGAGGAGGAACUGUCCCAGCAAGAGCCGCCGCCCGUCAUCCGACAACCAGAGCCGGUGCACGUCGAAAAAUUGGCAGAGCCGGCGGCUCCAGUCGCCCAAAGUAAGGCCAAACCGGCGCUCGAUGACGAAAUUGCAGCAUGUGACCUGUCGGGACUGUGCUCCUGGUUCAGCAAGGACAGCUUGCCUCCAGCAGUCGGCCAGCUGGUGUACUGGAGGGACCCGAAGAAGUCCGGCCUGGUCUUCGGCAGCGUCCUCUUCGUCCUGCUCUCCCUGUCGGCCUUCUCGCUCAUCAGCGUCGUCGCCUACGUCUCGCUGAUCGCCCUCGGAGGAGCCAUCGUCUUCCGCGUCUACAAGAGCAUCCUGCAGGCGGUGCAGAAAACUGACGACGGACACCCCUUCAAGAACCUGCUCGAGUCUGACCUCGCCCUUACCGACGAAAAGGUGCAAGAGAUUGCCAGCGUCGCUGUCAGUCAUGUCAACUGCACCAUCACCGAGCUGCGUCGUCUCUUCCUCGUCGAGGAUCUCGUUGAUUCCAUCAAGUUUGGAGUCCUGCUGUGGGUCCUCACUUAUGUCGGAGCCUGGUUCAAUGGCAUGACUCUGAUCAUUUUGGGCUUCAUUGGAGCGUUUACUCUGCCCAAGGUGUACGAGAACAACCAGGCCCAGAUCGACCAAUACCUUGAAAUCGUCAGGAGCAAAAUGGCCGACGUCUCCAAUAAAGUUAAGGCGGCCAUUCCUCUGGGAAAGAAGGACAAGGAGCAGUAAAAGCGCAACAACAACAGCUUCGUGAGCUUGAACAGGGGCCUGCUUUGGGCUAAAGGUCUACCCUUCCCCAUAGCAACUCUAAGCUGACUCUUUCCCUUGGCGAAUCUUACUUGGUUUCAUUUUUCCUAUCAUCCAGCUAAACCGAAAAACGGAAGAACAAACUAACAAGUCAGACGGCAAAACAACUGACACUUUUUAUCAGACUGAGGUCUUUGAGGCCAACAGAGAUCUGAUCCGGGGUGUUGAGUGCCCCGAGCUUAAGUCAAAACCCUUUGCAGUGUCAGUUGUCUUGGCCCACCUGGCCUGAUAAUUUUUGUUACAAGUGCCACGCUGUUACGAUAUGAUAUAUGUCGAUUUGUAAAGAAAUUAGAGAUGCCUUUGCGUGUGAUUUUUGGCAAGACUUGCUCCACUGAGACCCCCCUUGCUGUUUUCUGUUGUUGAUCAUUGCUUCCUUAUCUUAAACUCUUUCUCUUUUUAAUUUAUUCCUGUUCGGUUCCGGGGACGAAGUGUGGCCUACUCGCGAUAGUAGGCUGAACAAUCAUGGCAGGUCGAAUGCUGUUGUACAUAAUUCUAGAUGUGAGAAGACACACGUUUUUCCCAAUUGUACUGAGAUGACUAAAAAAAAGGCAAACCACGCAACAUAAUAGAGCUGUAAGUGGAGGGGUGGUUGGUUCUUAUUGCAUAUUUAGUAGGGAAAAGCAGCUUGCGAAACCAGUUUUAUGUGCUCUUCAGGCCGCCAGUUUCGAAUUUUUUCUUUUUUUUUUUAAUAGAAACUAAAAUCUAUAAGUCGCUUGCACGUACAUACAUGUAGACAGAUGGAAACGAGACCGAGAGGAUAAAAUUCUCAAAUUUCAAAUUAUGCACUCUUUUCUUAUCAUGUCAAAGAAUAUUAAAAAAAAAAAACCUGUUGCACUUUGUGGGAAAAAUAAAGGAAAUCUCUCAAAAACGA